AUGACCAAAGUCGAUCAUUUCGUCGAGUUCAUUAAUCACCCAUACUUUUAUCAAGACGUGUCAUACGGAACUAAAUUCAGACAUAGUUUGACGCUACUCUGGUUUGCAGAUUUAAUGAAUGUAACCGAAGAAGUUACGAUUCAUAGACCCAACGUUUCGACACUCCUGUCUAGUGCCUUCAUCAGGGGUGAUCUAAACGUCGAUGAUGUUAUUUCUGCGGUAUCCGGAAAUGAAGCGGAGCGCCUCUUGUCGCAUUUGAAUUCAGUAGAGCCGUCGAUCCAAUUCACCCUUGAGCGUGAAAAGGAUAGACAUUUGCCCUUUCUUGAUUUAAAUGUGUCUAGAGGGGUUCAGGGUAAUUUAGAGACAAGUGUACACCGUAAACCUACUCACACCGACAAAUACCUCGCUUUCGAUUCUCACCACCCUAUUGGCCAUAAAAAAGUCUGUAGCCAAAACUUUACUUAGGAGGGCUGACUGUCUACCAUCUUCAUUCGAUUCGAAGGCUGAGGAGAGGAAAUAUGUUGCCAGUGUCCUAAAGGCAAAUGGCUAUACAAAAACUUUUCUCCGUAACUGCCAAAAACCAGUUACAAAUAGUGACGCUCUUGAUGAAAGGGAACCAGUGACUGGUUUUGCUGUUAUUCCUUACAUACAGGGUGUUACGGAACCCAUCAAGAGAAUUUUGAAUAGCCACAACGUUAAAGUUGCUCAAAAACCUUUUCAGACUUUGGGGCAUAUUUUCGCCAAACCUAAGGAUCCUGUCACGAAAGAACAACGAACCGACGCCAUUUAUUCUAUUCCUUGCAAUGACUGUGACAACGAAUACAUCGGAUAGACCAAACGUUAGUUUGGUACACGGUUAAAAGAGCACCAAAAAGCGGUUUUUCUUUGCAAAAAGGAAAAUUCAGCUUUAUCGGAGCAUACAUGCCUAACCAACCAUACAAUUGGGUGGGAUAAUUCUAAAAUUAUCACCACUAAUCGGCGUUACCAUCAGCGCCUUUGUUUGGAGGCUUGGCAUAUUAACUCCGCCCACGCUCCUUUAAAUCGUGACGAUGGCGGUUUGCUUCCUGACGCCUAUUUACACCUCGUCAGAAAAAAGGCAGCCAAUUAUUGAUCAUAUAAAAGGACCUCUUGUUGCAGCGUUUAGAUCACCCCUGAUGAAGGCACUAGACAGGAGUGUCGAAACGUUGGGUCUAUGAAUCGUAACGUCUUCGGUUACAUUCGUUAAAUCUGCAAACCAGAGUAGCGUCAAACUAUGUCUGAUUGUCCACCUGGUUGCCGUGGGAACUAAAUUCCUUAAGCUAGACAGUGGCGAAACCAUCGAGAUGCGGAACGUGGUGCGUACCGAGACGCGGUCUUCGAUGAUUAGCCAGUACAUACAGUUCUGUCAGGAGGAAAAGUUUGAACCUCUCAGUCGCACCACUUUAUUCAAGAUCCUAGAAGUCAGACAAGCCUCACAGAGAAAGUCGUUACAAGGCCUCGACAAUACUGCUGCCGAUGGCUCUGCUGGUUUCCAGAAAAUUGAAAUGAUUGUCGAUGAUCUAGAGAAAGGAGGAAUGAAUAGGCAAUGUUGCGAUGAGGUUAAGGAAAGGCUGAAGAGUGGAAAACGCUACCUAAAGACAAAUUAUCGCGUUCACUGCAAUACAGAGAAAGCUUUAUGUCCUGAUCAUUGCCGCAAGUUCGUUUUAAGUGACGAAGAAGAUCCCGACUUCCAGGGGAAAUGCUCCCAUCAACACACAGAAAACUGUAACGAGUGUCAAAAUCUGCGAAAUGUCUUAGAUGAAGUCGAAGACAAAGUUCGAGGUCCAUUUUGGAUCCCUUACGGCAGUGAACAUCGAGACGAUCUGCUAUACGACUUCAAACUGGCACAAACAGAUAUUUUUGAGUGUAAGGUUCACAUUGUUCGCUCUGUAAACCAGGAAGCAGCAAAGCAAGAUCAGCUGAAGACGAUAAGUACUAAUCUGAACUGUGCACUAGUAAGUUCCUCCAGCUUAAAUAUCGUGAGAAGCAGUCAGAUUGGUUUGGCAAGAGAGGAUUGA